AUGGUGCUUUCGGUGAUUCAGGAACAGCACGACGUCAUCCUCAACGAGAUCCGAAGCAUUACCCAAGGCGACGUAUGGCUUGUCACGAUCCCCCUUCACUUCUACACUCAGCUGACAGCAGACACGCAGUGGAAAUGUCUCAUCGUCGACGAGCACUCUCAUAAGAUACUCGACAACUGCAUCAAGGAAGAUGACAUCCUCAACAACAACAUUGCCACCAUCGAGCGCAUCGAGGAGCGCCGCGAACCAAACCCCGAUAUGGACGCCGUCUACGUCCUGAGCCCCGACGCGCAUAUUGUCGACUGCCUCCUCGCAGACUUUCAAGUCCGCCGCUACCGCAGGGCAUAUCUCGUCUGGACCAAUUUGCUCGAGCCGGGCCUGCGCCGGCGCAUUGACGACUUUCCCGGCAUUCGUCAGCUACGGGCCAGCUCCAAGACGCUUUUCAGCGAUUUCUACCCCCGCGAGUCGCACCUCGUCACCUUUCGCGAUCCAUGGAGCUUCCCCAUGCUAUAUCACCCUGCGUGCAAUAGCCUCGUCCCCAAGCACAUGCAAAAUCUGGCUCAAAGGAUUGCCGGAGUAUGCAUCACCCUGGGAGAAUACCCCAAAGUCCGCUUCUAUCAACCUCGCAAUGCGACGCACGAAGCGAGCGUAUUAUGUGGCCACCUGGCGCGCUUCGUGCAAGAAGAGCUCGACGGCUACGCCCAAUAUAAUAAAAAUUUUCCACCCCAAACGAACCGACCCCAGGGCAUCUUGCUCAUCACUGACCGUUCUAUGGACUUGAUGGCUCCCCUAGUCCACGAAUUCUCGUACCAAGCAAUGGCGCACGAUCUACUGCCCAUUAAAGAAGGCGACAAGGUUACAUAUCACACAGUCAUCAAUGCAAACACAGACGAAGCUGAAGAAAAAGACAUGGAGCUCUCCGAAAAGGACAAGGUUUGGGUCGACAACCGCCACCGUCACAUGAAGGACACGAUUGAUAAACUUAUGAACGACUUUCAAAAGUUCCUCCGCGAGAACUCUCACUUCACCAACGAAGACGCCGAUCCCACGAAUCUGAGCGCAAUUCGAGACAUGCUGGCCGGCUUACCACAGUUUCAAGAGAUGAAAGGGGCGUACUCUCUGCACCUUACCAUGGCACAAGAGUGUAUGAACAUUUUCCAACACAACAAGCUACCCGAUCUUGCCUCGGCGGAACAGACCCUCGCCACGGGUUUCGACGACGAAUUUCGCAAGCCCAAGAACGUUUUGGAAUCCAUUGUCAGACUACUCGAUGACGAGGCUAUUCGUCCCAUGGAUAGACUGCGUCUAAUUACCAUGUACAUUCUCUUCCGCGGAGGUGUCAUUAUGGAGGAUGUCAACAGGCUCCUGACGCAUGCUGGUCUACCUGUUCAGGAUGGUGAAUUUAUUACCAACCUCGAGUUGCUAGGCGGCGCGGUCAAUCAUCAGCUCAAACAGCAGCUACGUCCAUAUACGCCCUUGUUCCCACUAGAUGUAAAAGCGGCUCAGCUCAACGAAGAGUCGUUUUUGUCUCGUUUUGAUCCGGCGCUAAAGCCUCUGCUCGAGAAUCUGGUAAAGGGCACGUUAGAUCAAGGCAUAUUCCCGUAUGUGAAGCCACCACUGGACCCUAAUGAGGAACUGUUGGCAGCACAAGGUACCUCUCUUCGAGCGGGACGACCAAACUGGGCAGCUGCGGGACGUCGGCAGCCCGAAAAUAAGCAGCGCAUCAUUGUAUUCGUGGCUGGUGGUGCGACGUAUAGCGAAAGCCGUGUCUGCUACGACGUCGGUCAGCAAAACAGCCGCGACAUAAUCCUGACCACGUCGCACAUGCUGACACCGCAAUUCUUCAUUCGCCAAGUUGGCGACCUGAGCCGCGACAAGCGCCAACUCGACCUACCGCUGGAUAGACCGAAGCCGCGCGCACCAGCACAUCUACUAGAGCGCCCUGCGCCUCCCCGCGGUAUGGCACCGCCACCAGGGCAAGCACCACCGCAACAAGGUCCUGGUGGUGGUCGCGUACCGCCGCUCCAAGGCGGUCUUCCGGGCCGGCCCGGGCAAAGCAAUGCUCCGCGCAAGGCACCCGCGCCGCCCACACAGGCCAUGAGCAACAUGAGCUUGAACCACGCACUACCGGUAACACCAAGCAACGGUGGGGGACCGCCCGCAGCGCCGCCCUCGCUACCGCCACCGCCCGAGGUCAAGCUGCACAAGGAAAAGAAGCGGAGAAACUUUCUGGGCAUGAAGAAGUAG